ACGACCAAACAGGAUAUCCGGUCAAACCGGAAAACGAAGAUGUCUUCAUUCUUCAGGUUGGAGGCUUUUCUUCCUAACAAUGUAAAUCAGAAUGGGACAUUCACUUCAUAACAACAUCGAUGGGAAAGCAUAUAAACUUAAAUAUUUGUUACUUUCUUUUCUGAAGAAUAGUAUUUCCAAAUAUGGAAGUUAUGCUUCCGUGAGUCGCUAAGAGGUGUUUGUUAAUAAACAGUGUCACGAACGGCUAAGUAAGUGCGCUAGCUCCAAAGUCGAGUUCCGAGCCACCUGUCACCACAAUAGCCUUCUGAAUGGCCAGCAGUUAGAGUUCCAAGCCUAUUUUAAGUAUACGGGUUAUUUUGCGUCAAGAGCCCGAACACGGAGCGAGGAUGAAUGGGUUUUCUUUGAGCGAAAUAUGCUGGCUCUUCUGUUGUCCGCCCUGUCCCAGUCGCAUCGCUGCAAAACUAGCUUUUCUUCCACCGGAGCCCACCUACUCCGUCCAUACCGAUGCUAACGGUGCCUCGAGCUUGCAUUUAACCGAACGAGCAGACUGGCAGUACUCCCAGCGUGAACUCGACGCAGUGGAGGUAUUCAGCACCAGAAGUACUCGGGGCAACAGGGUGCAAACGAUGUUUGUGCGUUGCGCGCCCAACAGCCGGUACACGUUACUAUUUUCCCAUGGAAACGCCGUGGACUUGGGACAGAUGUGCAGUUUUUACAUUGGCUUGGGCUCCAGAAUCAACUGCAACGUGUUUUCUUACGACUACUCGGGCUAUGGAGUCAGCACUGGCAAGCCUUCUGAGAAGAACAUGUAUGCUGAUAUCGAGGCGGCCUGGCAAGUCCUGAGGAACAAGUACGGGGUAACACCAGAGAACAUCAUCCUCUACGGUCAGAGUAUCGGCACCGUGCCCACCAUCGACCUAGCUGCUCGCCAUGAAUGCGCAGCCAUCAUCCUGCACUCGCCGCUCAUGUCGGGGCUUCGAGUGGCUUUCCCCAACACUCGCAAAACCUACUGCUUCGAUGCGUUCCCCAGUAUCGACAAGGUGUCCAAGAUGGCAUCCCCAGUGCUUGUGAUCCACGGUACAGAGGAUGAAGUGAUCGACUUCUCCCAUGGCCUAGCCAUGUACGAGCGCUGCCCACGUGCCGUGGAGCCACUCUGGGUGGAGGGAGCAGGCCAUAAUGACAUUGAACUCUAUGCACAAUACUUGGAGAGACUCAAGCAGUUCGUUUCCUUUGAGCUCUCCACAUCCUGAGUGGGAGCAGCACACACAGGCCAGGGUUCAGUUCAACAAUCUUCUCGUGUGACAUUCCGGUGUCUUUGGAGACACUUGAGGGAUGGCAUGAAAGUGUUGAAAGUGCACCUGAAAGUGCAAGUCAACCGAGGCCGGGAUAGACAUGCCAUUCCGAUGGCUAUGGUAUCGCCAAACUUGAUGCUUUUAUCUGUAUGGGUG